GGGCGUCGGGGCGUCGGGGCGGCGGGGCGCGGACAAAGGCUGCCCGGGGGGCGGGGGCAGCGGUGGCGGCGCGGCUGGACUACAAGUCCCAGCAGCUCCCGCUGCGGCCCUCGGCCGGCCCCUCUGGCUCCCCGGGAGCGCCUGGCGGGGCCGCUGGGCCGAGGGGGCCGCCGGCGGGGCUGGCGGGCGGGGGGCUUCCUGCAGGCCCGGGGGGCGCCGGCGGCCGGGCAGGGGCGAGGGGCGCCGGAUUGUGUCCUGGAAGGCGCGGGCACCCCGCCGCGUGGCAGCAUGCGGCGCUCCGUCCUGGUGAGAAACCCCCGCCACGGAGGGCAGCAGAACCCCCCGCCAGGAGAUCUCGAUUCCGACUCCGACCCGGACCCCACGCGGGAAGGGGAGCCGAGCCCGCUGCUCCCCGAAGACCCGGAGGACGCCAGCUCUGACGAUGCGGACCCCGUCCCCCACCCGGACUCCCCAGCGCCCCCGAGCGCCCUCCCCAUCCCCGCCGACGCGGACCCUCAGGAUUCCGACCCGGACCCCGACGUCAUCGGCCCGGUGCCCCUGAUCCUCGACCCCGACAGCGAGACCCUCAGCAGCCCCGCGCCCGCCCCGGAUUCGGACCCCCUGGCCGGCGCCUCCGAUGACGGGGACGCGCGCAGCCCCGUGCCACCUGGCACCGGCGCGGGCCCCGCCGCGCUGCCCGCGCCCGCCAGCCCGCCUCGGCCUUUCUGCUGCCCGGACUGCGGCCGCGCCUUCCGCCGCAGCUCGGGGCUGAGCCAGCACCGCCGCACGCACAGCGGGGAGAAACCCUACCGCUGCCCGGACUGCGGCAAGUCCUUCAGCCACGGUGCCACGCUGGCGCAGCACCGGGGCAUCCACACCGGCGCGCGGCCCUACCAGUGCGCCGCGUGCGGCAAGGCGUUCGGCUGGCGCUCCACGCUGCUCAAACACCGCAGCAGCCACAGCGGGGAGAAGCCGCACCACUGCCCGGUGUGCGGCAAGGCCUUCGGCCACGGCUCGCUGCUGGCGCAGCACCUGCGCACGCACGGGGGCCCGCGGCCGCACAAGUGCCCCGUGUGCGCCAAGGGCUUCGGGCAGGGUUCGGCCCUGCUCAAGCACCUGCGCACGCACACGGGCGAGCGGCCCUACCCGUGCCCGCAGUGCGGCAAGGCCUUCGGGCAGAGCUCGGCGCUCCUGCAGCACCAGCGCACGCACACGGCCGAGCGGCCCUACCGCUGCCCGCACUGCGGCAAGGCCUUCGGCCAGAGCUCCAACCUGCAGCACCACCUCCGCAUCCACACCGGCGAGCGGCCCUACGCCUGCCCGCACUGCUCCAAGGCCUUCGGCCAGAGCUCGGCGCUGCUGCAGCACCUGCACGUGCAUUCCGGGGAGCGCCCCUACCGCUGCCAGCUGUGCGGCAAAGCCUUCGGCCAGGCCUCCAGCCUCACCAAGCACAAGCGGGUGCACGAGGGCGCGGCCGCAGCGGCGGCCGCAGCAGCGGCGGCGCUGAGCCCGGCUUCGGGGCUGCGACCCGGGCCGGGCUCGUCCGUGCUCGGCCCGGCUCUGGGCCCCAGCUCCGGGCCGGGCUCGCCUCCCCAAGCCCGUCUCCCGUGCGCCCCCGAGCUGCGCCCCGGGUCGUCUGAGCCCAAACCCCGGCCGGAUGCCACGUCCGAUCGCGGGGAUGCUGCCUGGAGCCCGGUGCCCAGCCCCCAGCCCCAGCCCGGCUCAGAGUCGGGGUCUCCCGCCCACCACCCGGGCAGCCCCGCGGCGCCCCCCAACGGGGAGAGUCCCGAUUGGCAACAGGAGCCAGGGGCGCUGCUGGGGCCGGAUGGCUGA